AUGUUCACAUCGCUCUUUGCUCCCAAAUCCUUCUCCGAACCGAACACCCAGACAGAGAACACGGCCGGAGAGAAGAAAAGAGGCGAGCAGCUCGGUCGACCACCCAUGUCCCAUGUCAAAACCUUGCUGCUUGCGUUUGCAACCCAGCUCAACCUGGUCCCGCCGAUAACAUGGGACAUUCAUGUCAACUUUAAACUCGCCGUUGUUACAUGGCACACACACGCACACAACAAAAACCGGUGCAAGACAUGCUUUCCGGCCGGCCGUCGUACCAUAAUAUCCUCUCUCAUGAGGAGCUCCGAGACAAGCGAGGUCAAGUAA